UGUGAGCAGCUGCCCCGGUCGGUAGCUCGGAGACCCGGAGCCGGCCGCGGAUUCACGGAGACCCCCGAGACCCUCGGAGGAGCCGCAGGCGCCAUGUCGGAGCCACCCAGGGAUGCUCAGCAGAUCCCGCGGGCCAGCAGGGCCUGCCGCCGCCUCUUCGGCCCGGUGGACAGUGAGCAGCUGCGCCGAGACUGCGACGCACUGAUGGCCAGCUGCGUGCAGGAGGCCCGAGAGCGAUGGAACUUCGACUUUGUCACCGAGACGCCGCUGGAGGGCGACUUCGCCUGGGAGCGCGUGCGGGGCCUCGGCCUGCCCAAGAUCUACCUGUCCCCCAGGCCCCGGGGCGGCCGGGACGACCUGGGAGGGGGCAAGCGGCCCAGCACCUCGCCUGCCCUGCUGCAGGGGACAGCUGAGGAGGACCACGUGGACCUGUCGCUGUCCUGCACCCUCCUGCCUCACUCCCCUGAGCGGCCAGAGGGGUCCCCAGGGGGGCCUGGCACCUCUCAGGGCCGAAAACGGCGGCAGACCAGCAUGACAGAUUUCUACCACUCCAAACGCCGGCUGGUCUUCUCCAAGAGGAAGCCCUAACCUGCCUUCCUGGAAAUGAGGGGCUGCCGCAGGCCCCUCCCACAUCUGUUGCAUCAGUCCUUCAGUUUGUGCGUCUUAAUUAUUAUU